UAAUAUUAUCAAUUAAGUAUCAUAGUAAACAUAAUAGAUAAUCUGUCUUAUUUUAAAAAUUGUCAAUUCUACUUGUAAUGAAAUGUUGCUCAUCAUUUUAUGUGAUAGUGGUAUAUAAAAAAGAUAAACUUCACAUUAAUAUACCAUAGUUUUUUGAAAUGUGAAACUGACAUACUCCACAAAUAUCCUCUUGUGCUUGUUCUUCUCAUCUUUCCCCUGCAUAUUGUAGCACAACUAAGUUUGCUAUACCAUUAGGCAGCUCUCUCAUAGAAAAUGAUGAAACAACAUCCUGACUUUCUCAAUCUGGAGAUUUUGCAUUUGGAUUCAAGAAACUUCAAAGUCAAAAUCAGUUCUUGCUUUGCAUAUACUAUGCUAAGAUUAAAGAUGCCAACAUAAUUUGGUAUGUGAAUGGUGGUAACCUUGUGCCACGAGGUUCAAUCGCGGAGUUAAAUCCUUAAAAGGGACUGAUUCUCCGCGAUCCUAAAGGGAAAAUGAUCAUGUGGAGCACUGGUAGGAUUGAUUCUAAUGUUGCUUAUGCUGUCAUGAACGAUACAGGAAACUUUGUUCUUGUUGGUGUUGGUUCUUCAGUAUUAUGGGAAUGUUUUCGAUAUCCGACUGAUACCCUUAUGCCUACUCAAAUACUACAGAUUAAUAACAAGCUUGUUGCUCGAAAAUCUGAGUCUUUCUUUGUUUCUGGUAGAUUUUAUCUUCCUAUGUUAAGUGAUAAGAAUUUAGUUCUUCUUACUCAAUCCAAGUUAAUGAAUAUUGAUUAUGAUGCUGAGUAUUACAAUAGUCAUACUUCUGAUUUAGGAGAUGAAGCCAAUUCGGGUUAUCGAUUGAUAUUCAAUGCGUUUGGUUCAGUUUACAUAUUGAAAAGGAGCAAUCAAAGACUUGUUUUGACACCUCCUAAUGUUCCUUCAAUUUCAGAAAAUUAUCACAGGCUAAGUCAUUAUUUUGAUGGUGUUUUAAAUCAUUAUUAUCGUCCAAAGAGUAAGUCUACGGGGGAUCAAAAGAGGAGUACUCUAUCGUCUUUGCCUGAUAUCAUAUGUCUAGAAAUUGUUGAAGAUAUUGGAAGUGGAGUUUGUGAAUUCAACAGAACCUUCAAGCAUUAAAUAUCUUGAUAUCUUGUAAUGCCUCUUCAUCAGCGCCUACAAGUAAAUGCAACUCAUCUCUUUUAUAGCAAUCGUAAGCCCAUUCUAGUAGUAUCACUUCGUUCUGGUUCGCCACAUCCUGCUCAUAGUUUUAUCUGCAGCAAAUCAACUCUAAGAGCAAGACCCCGAAGCUAUACACAUCAACCUUCACAGUUACAGGCAUGCUUCUGAACCAGUAUGGAGCUACGUACCCUUUUGUUCCACGUAUCCUAGUUGUUGUUUGAGUCUGAUGUUUUUUCAAUAGCUUGGCCAUACCAAAA